UAAAGUGUGGAGAAAACCAAACUUAAACAUAUAAACAAAUGUCACACGCGCAAAAGUUGUAGAGAGACUCGGCUGUCCUUACUAUAGAGGGUCUGAUACUGCAUGCAGCUACACAUGGAGGAGAGGCAGGUGUGAGAGAUUUCACACUGGACACUUUUCUGACAAACAGAACUUCAUACAAACGUUUGGGAGUGUUCACCUCAGCUGUUUUGAUUGGAGGAGGACAACUGAUCCACAGCAGGAGCAGCAGAUAAUACUGCUACUCUGAAGAAUCAAAGACGUGCUGAGAUGAAAUGAAGAGGUGAAAACAAACAUCAGAGUCUGAUUCAAAUCUAAACUUCACCAACUCAGACUUCACUCCGAUCAUUAGACGGUGAGAGGAAAACUUCCAUCCCUAAAAGAAGGGGGGAACAUCAAGACCGGGUCCUUUAUCCAUCUGAGCAAAUCACACUUAAAGACACUUGAACAUUCAGAUUCAUUCAUUAACAAGUUAAAUAAACAGAGACCUGCCAUGGAAGAGAUUGUGAGCAAGCUCGACAACAUCAGUCAUGAAGUAAGAAAAUACAUCGAUGAACGCCUUACAGUUGGAAGACUGGGACUUUGGAUCUGUGCAGUGGGACUUCUUACAGCUCUGGUCCCUUGGGGAGGAAGCUUGGCUGUGGUGGAGGCAAUAAGAGGAGCAGCAUUAGGAGCAGCAACAGUAGGAGCAAUAGGAGUGACAAUGGUAGGGCCAACAGCAGCAGCAAUAAUAGGAGUAGUAAGAGGAAUUAUAGAAGAAGCUAUGUCAGGAAGAAACGUAGGAACAGUAGCAACAAUAAGUGGAGUAAUAGAAGCAGCAAUAGGAGCAGCAGCAGGAGCAGCAAUAGUAGCAGCAGUAAGAGAGGUGAAAGGAGUACUAGGAGGAGCUAUAGAAGGAGCUAUAUUAGGAACAGUAGUAGGAAUAUUAGCAGCAUUAUUAGCAGCAAUAAUUGCAGCAAUAUUAGCAGCAAUAGGUGCUGCAGUAGGAGCAAUAGGAGGCGCAACAGGAGCAGCAACUGGAGCAUCAAUAGGAGCAGCAAUAGGAGGAGGAGUAGUAGGAGCAGGAGUAGGAGGAAUAGGAGGAGCAUUCGUGGGAAUAAUAGGGGAAGCAAUAAGAGUAGAUAUAGAAAAAAAUAUAUUUGAAAAGUUUUUAGGACUACUGUUUGCAAUGGGAACAGCAGCUGUAGUAAUACCUGUAGCAUCAAUAGCAGCACCAACAGGUGCAGCAAUAGGAGCAGCAAUAGGAGGCACAACAGGAGCAUUAACUGGAGCAUCAAUAGGAGCAGCAAUAGGAGGAGGAGUAGCCGGAGCAGUACUAGGAAUAAUAGGAGGAGAUGUACCACGAGAAAUACGAGGAGCAAUGCGAGGAGCAAUAGUAGCAGCAAAAAUAGCAGCAAAAAUAGCAGCAAUAGGAGUAGCAAUAGGAGGAACAAGUGGAACAGCAAUAGGAGCAGCAAUAGGAGGAGCAAUCAUAGGAGCAGCAGUUGCAGGAAUGAUAGGAGGAGCAACAGCAGGAGCAGCAAGAGCAACAACAAAAAAAGCCAAAAGAGAUGCAAUUAUAGGAGCAGUAGUUGGAGCCAUUGGAGGAGCAAUAGUAGGAGCAAUAACAGGAGAAACAGGAGGAGUCAUUGAAGGAGCAAUAGGAGCAGCAUUAGGAGCUGACAUAGGGGGACAAAUAGGAGCAACAAUAGGGGCAAACAUAGGAGAAGAAACAGGAUCAGCGAUAGCAACGAUAGCACCAAUAAUAGGAGCAGCAACAAGAGGAGCAAUAGAAGCAGGAUUUGGAGCAAUAAAAGGAGGAGUGAUAGGAGCAUCAGCUGGAGCAGCAUUAGGAGCAACAGGAGCAAUCGAAGGAGGAACAGGAGCAGCAACAGGAGCAAUGAUAGGAGGAGCAAUAGGAGGAGGGGUAUGUGCUGUGACUGCCAUCUGGAACCAGCAGAAGACAGAGAGCUAGAGGAAAGUUCAGAAGAAGCAGAAGAGCUGGUAAAAGACUUUCUGGAGAUUAAGUUAUGCUGAGAAGUUGAGAGAAUCAUCAUCAGAAUCUUCAUCCCAGUUGGGGAUCAUGGGGGGCUGGAGCCUAUCCCAGCUGCCAUUGGCGAGAGGUGGGGUACACCCCAGACUGGUCACCAGUUAAUUGCAGGGUUGACAUGUAGAGACAAACAACCAGGCACACUCACAUCUACGAGCAAUUUAGAGUCACCAGUUAACCUAACUGGAUGUCUUUGGUGGUGGGAGGAAGCUUGAGUACCUGGAGAGAACUCAUGCAUGCACGUGGAGAACAUGCAAACCCUGCAGAGAACAUUGAACCAAGGACCUUGCUAUGAGGCAACAGCGCUAACCCCUGCACCACCGUGCCGCCCCUUCAUCAGAACUGUCAGUUAAAUAUCUACAAAUGGGAGCCUUAUUAGACAUCAUCAUUCAGUCAGCUGAUCGUUGUGAUAUAAUACAGCAAUAUAAACAGAAAGAUUUCUCCUUCUGCCUUAAAUCCAUCAGCAGAUCGUCAGCAUGUUUCAUAAUAUUGAGGACUCUCUGAGAACAAUAAGAUGUUAAAGUGAUGUUGGCUUUAAAGCAUGUGUUUUAUAUAUGGAGCUGUGUGAGCUGUGUUUUUGUUUCAUGUAUGUUGAAAAUAGAAGAUCAAAUCUCAUCAUCAUUCCUCAACUUCAGCUUGUGAAAUCUAUCUGCAAGGAGCGACUUGGACAGAUCCUGAAACUAAACUCAAACACACUCUGUUACUGUCAUAAAAAUGUGACUCAUCUGACUGAAAUACAUUUCCUGAUCAAACCACCAGCCUUCUAGUUGAGAGACAACUGAUCCCUGACCAAGUCUACUAACAGUCUGAUUUAUGAUAACUAAACUGUGGAAGUUUUAAGCUUAAAAAGUUAUGGAGCAAUGCCUGCAAGCUAGUUAAGUCAGUCAGCUCUAAACAAGAUUUGAGUUCAUGAUUCACACCUGACUGCAUCAAAAUCAUUCAUGUGCAUCAAUAAGCUAGAAUAGCUGUAAUAUUAUUGACUCUAAACUUGUUUUAGCAUGACUAAAGCAUUAUUUUUUCAAGAUUUAUUUUUGGCCUUUUUGCCUUUAUUUUGAUAGGACAGUGGAUAGAGUCGGAAAAGGGGGAGAGACAUGCAGGAAAUGGUGCCACAGGCCGGAUUUGAACCCGGGUCACCUGCGUAUACGGCAUGGGCCUUAACCACUCAACUAACGGCACACCGACUAUGGUGUGAUUUUACUGUCCUUCCUUAUGAUUCAUGUUAAUCCUGUAGAUUCUUGUUAAAGUCUGAUUCAUUUAGUUAUUUUAUUUCAACACGUUCCUGAUGUUAGGAAUCUUGAGAUGCUGAAAUGCUUUAAUAUAUAAACCCUCUAUUUCUUACAUUCCUGCAAACUUUAAGAAAUCCGUUUUUUGCUGUGGUAUUUUUCCAUGCAUUUCUCUGUGUGAUGUACAGAUAUUUACACUCUGUAAAAGUAAAUUAUAACGGAGUUGUAAUUGUUUUUAUGACCUUAGGUUAUCUUGAAUCAGAGUGGACGAUGAAGACAUUUGAAGAAAUUCCUUUUAGGGCAUUCACUCAGAAAUAUUUGGGCCUAAUUCUUAAGAUUUAUGUAUUUCAAUUGCAUAUAAAAUGUCCAUCCAUUUGAAUUACUUAGAUUUAACAUAAACAGGCCAAAAAACUUCAUGUGCUGCAUAUUUGUCACUCAAAUGUAAAUGAAACAAUUAAGAAUGAGAUUUAUGUAAUAAUAUCAACAAACCCCAUGUGUUUUGAAUAAACAAUGACAGAAAUGACAGAAAUCUUUAUGUAAACCAAUCUCAUAAAUUUUAACUAAAUUAAUCUUGGUUGAUCCACAGCUCGUCAUAUUUAAACAAUAUUCAUACGUUUUAACUGAUUAAAUUUAAUUGUUUUCGCAAUUGACAGAUUUAUGCUGAUUUUAAGGAAUUUGAAUAAAUAAAUUCUAAAAUAUUAAUCAUUUAAAUAAAAUCAAAUAAAUGUAAA